UACUACUCAUCUGGCUAGACUUUUAAACUAUAAGUUGCUUAAAAUAUCAUCCCAUAGUCAUGGGCGCCGACUUCAAACAACGCUGAAAUUUCUGGACCAAGGUCCAAGGGCCAAGGAUAAAAACGCAAGUUACAUUGAACAUGUCAAAUGUUAAGUCAUUUUCCUUGACAAUUUACGAGUGGAUAAAUGUCAAAACGAUCAUGGUGACAUAGAAGUUAAUAUUUUUUGUGUUAUCAUCAUAUCAUCAACUUAGCAUUAUAAAUUGUAAGACCAAUGUUAAAUUUCACUGUCAGUUAUUUGUAUAAACCUAUAUUGUGAUGUCCAUCUCUAUAUGGACGUACAUGCAUAAUGAAGCAUAUGAUCUAUUCGAUUGGGCGAAAUGUGGAGAUAGCACGUUGUCCGUGAUGCCGACAGUGCUGUGGGCGGCCGGCGCGGCGGCGCUCGCGCAGCGCCUGCUCACCGCGCUCUUCAGGCGGUUCGUGUUCAGAAGAGUGCCGCUCUGGGAAAUCAUCUUACAGCACCUUCUUUUCAUAUGGAUGGUGAUCUACAGUCUACACUUCUGGAUGAUGCUAGUCAAGGUUGUGAAAACAAUUGUGGAAUAUUGUUUCGAAAUAUUGUUUCAGGAGGACCAGCAGGUAGUGACAGAGGAAGACAUAGAAAGCCGCAAGCUGAUGCAGCAGUGGAUGAUCUGGAUGUGCGGCGUCGCGCCCCUGGCCGCCUACAUCCACACACGGCCGCGGCCAGAGAUACCGCCGCUCAUGAUAUGGAUAACUACGAGCCCCUGGCAGCGACGAGAAAUGGGCCCCUAUGGGUAUUACCUGAACAGACCUCUCUCGUCCCUGCAGUCUACAACAAGCCUGUCCGUCAGACAACAAGCCCUCACCCUCCGGAGGGCUUUCAGCGACUCCAAGAUCAUCAUAAAAGAACCUCCCAAGAAAAAGAGAUAUUCGAAAUCAGUGUGAUGACGAUUAUAGAUGCCAGCCUGUUUGUCGAGAAUUUAAUAAAUCUGUAGUCGUAAUUCAAUAAAAAAGUGGAAUCUU